GUCAAGCAGGCGAAGAAAGAGGCCGAGAAGAGCAACUUGGGCCCCAAGCUCCUCAUCACCUUCAAGUCUCCGGAUGGCAGGGACAACAAGACAGUCACCUUUACCAAGCGGCCACUCGGGGUGUCCUGCAGCAUGGACUCGAUGCCAAUCGUUGUGGGCGAGAAACCUGUCGGCGAGGCAGCGGAAGCCGGGAUCGCGGAGGGCUGGAUACUCUGCCAG